GGGACCAGAAACGCCCAUUUCUUUGUACUCUGAGGUUUAUUAGCUGUUGCAUUAUUUGGAGUGGCAUUACUUGACUUUUCAGAUUAUAGUAAAGUGUUGCGCACCUUAUAUUAGAUAGAUAGUUUCUGGUCAGUACCAAAGUUUUCAAAAAUGUUCAGACGCCUUGAAUGUGUGUUGUACAAGGUGUUCAUUAGGACCCUCAAAACUCACACUUUGAGUUCCUUUUGUCAAGACUUACGCCUUAAUUUUAAAGUGCAUGGGCACGCAUAGAGGUGGCUGAGGUGUGCUCCCCUUAAUCCUUUUUUUAAGUCAUGUUUUCCCAACACGUUUUGAGGGUUCCUCCAGAUUGUUUAAAUGCGCCUCAACUCUAAAAAUUAGAAACAAAAGAAUAGAAUAUUGGAGAAAAUUAGAAAAUAAUGAGUGAAGGGAAUGUGCUUAGCAUAGCUUUGCACUCCUACAACAGAAUACUAAAGAAGAGAACUUGCAACUCUUUGAUUGCUAGAGACCUCCAACAUAUGUCUUUGCAUCUUGGUAAUCUGUCAUCUCGCAUUCGUAAAGAUGAAUUGGAACGUGUUUUCCGAAGGUUUGGUAGGUGUACUGUACGGAUAAAAGACAAAUACGGGUUUGUAGUUUAUGAUUACCCUGCAUGUGCUGAAAAAGCUCUGAAAACACUUCGAGGCAAAAGAAUUUGUGGAGAGCCAAUAACCCUAUCGUGGUCAAAUAGGCAGCGUCGAGCCUUGCUGCUAUUUGAUAGAGGUGGUAAAUCAUACAAGGCACCACAAGAAAGGUACUCUGUCAAAGAUAGGGUGGGAUCAAAUGGUAAAUACAAUCACAAUAUGGAAUUCAAGAAAAUAGAUAGUGAAGGUAGAAAGCCUGGUUCUUCUGACCUGGUUGAUGGAGGAAGAAGCUACCCUUCCAAUAAUUUGAAUUGUUGUGCUGGGGAAAAAGAUCGUGCUGUUUUUGAUGAUUCUCAUGAAGCUAGUGGGAAGAACCAUAUGGGGGAUGAUAGGUGGGGAGAGCAGGUUUUGGAUCCAUCAAACGAAAAUGGUUUAGAAAAUGGAUUGGAGUUUGACCGUUAUGAACCUUAUUACAGUGAUGACAAAAAGGAGCAGAAUGAACUUCACGAUGCAUCCUAUUUUUGUGGUUCACCCACUAGAACGAAGUCUCCAGAGAAAACAGGCUUUGGACAAAAUGAUCAUCAUAAAAUUUUGGAUCAUCUCAGCAAUUCAAAAUCUCGAAAAACAUGCUAUGCAUGUGGUAAAGUGGGUCAUGAAAUGCGGAAGUGCCCCUCACAGCUGGAGAGACCCAGAACAAGGCCUCAACUGCCGAGUCAAAGUAGUGAUGCUGCUCCAAUGAGGCAUCAGAAAAACGAUAGGGAGCCAUCGACUUCAAGAAAUAAUCGGAGAUUGCUUAGACGUGGAGGUUCUCCCUCAGCACAGCUUACUUCCAGACAUAGGAAACAAAAGUACAGGGAGAACAAUCGAAAUAAGACAGAUUGUGAAAGUCCAGAUAGACACCGUUCAAAGAAAGCAAGGGUUCUGUUGUCGUCUUCAACCCACUCUGAUUGUACUGCAUCCAGAUUGCAGUCACCUUCAAGAUCAAUAAGCUCAUUCUCUGGGUCUGUUUCCCAUUCCAAGUUCAAAUCAGCAUCAUCCAGAAAAAAUUCCCCGUCCGCUCAUUCGUGGUCUUCAACAUCAUACCAUUCUGGAUCUAAACCCUUCAUGUCGAGGUUGACAUCAAGCUCAAACUCUCCUACAUCUUUGGCUUUACCGGUAGCACUCGAUAGAUGUUUUUCUUCGUCACCAAAUAAAAUGCAAACAGAUUACAGGGGAGACGAAAAACUGGCUAUGCAAUUGCUAAGUGUUUACAGCUAA